AAGAGGACCUUAAUGAGCGUCUGAAGAGACUGAUCAACGCAGCACCCUGCAUGCUCUUCAUGAAGGGAUCCCCCCAGGAACCCCGCUGUGGUUUCAGCCGUCAGAUAGUGGCGCUUUUCAAGGACCAUGCUAUCCAGUUCAGCAGUUUUGACAUCCUGUCAGACGAGGAAGUGAGAGGGGGGCUGAAGACCUUCUCCAACUGGCCCACCUACCCUCAGGUUUACGUUAACGGAGAACUCGUAGGGGGACUGGACAUUGUCAAGGAACUAGCUGAAUCUGGAGAGCUGGAGAAGACCUGUCCCAAGGCUGUCACACUGGAGCACAGGUUGAAGUCGACCAUCAACAGGAGUCCAGUCAUGCUGUUCAUGAAGGGCAAUAAAGAGCAAGCCAAGUGUGGAUUCAGUCUUCAGAUACUGGAGAUAAUGAACAGCUCAGGGGUGGAAUACAGCACCUUUGAUAUCCUGGAAGAUGAGGAGGUUAGACAGGGUCUGAAGACAUACUCAAACUGGCCAACGUACCCUCAGCUAUACGUCAAUGGAGAACUCAUUGGCGGGCUGGACAUUGUGAAGGAGCUUAAAGACAGUGGAGACCUUUCUUCUGUCCUGAGGGGUGAAUGCUAGAUUCCUGUAGUACUGUUACUGUGAUGGGAAUGAGCUAUGGACUACUGCACUCUUCCUUCCCCUCUCUACCCUCUUCUUCCUCUCUCUACCCUCUUCUUCCCCUCUCUACCCUCUUCUUCCUCUCUCUACCCUCUUCUUCCUCUCUCUACCCUCCUCUUCCUCUCUCUACCCUCUUCUUCCUCCCUCUACCCUCUUCUUCCUCUCUCUACCCUCUUCUUCCCCUCUCUAUCCUCCUCUUUCUCUCUACCCUCCUCUUCCCCCCUCUACCCUCCUCUUCCUCUCUCUACCCUCCUCUUCCUCUCUCUACCCUCCUCUUCCCCUCUCUAUCCUAUUCCCCUCUCUAUCCUCUUCUCUACCCUCUUCCCUCUUCUCUCCCCCUCUCUGAAAUACAUUAUAUUAUCCAUCCAUUGAUUUUUCUGAACAUGGCUCAGGUGUCCAAAUGAACCUGAUUGAUCAACCUGCAUUCUGCCAUCAGCUGCAAAUAUAAUAAAGUCAUCCAUGAUGCUA